AUGUCCCGUCUUGAUGGGACACGUCUCCUGUCCUCUGACUUUUCGCUAUUAUACACCUUAAAAAAUGUCAAACUGGAAAUAGUACUACCUAUACGUUCGCCGGUCAGACAUGAAAUAAGGGAUCACAACAACAAUAUAAUCGGCAAGCGUCAUGAACAUUUAGGAAAUUUUUCGCCUUCCCUCGAUAGCCCUCUUAAUCAAAAAUCAACGAGCGGUUGCGUCAAAAAAAAUCCCAAAUAUUAUUCGUUAAACGGAUAUGGCACACCUAGAGAUUUCCAUGAUGAUUCAUCGUACGACCCGAUAUUACGUAUGAACAUACCCGACAGUUUAAGCAGCGAAGGUUCUAGAAACGAACGGGGCAUGUUGCAUCGUGAAUCACCUGUUUUAUACCCUAAAUCGGCAGUUAAGACUGGCAAAAACAAGGACAUUGGUGGUUUCUUGUUUAAAAAAAUCAAGGAUCAAAAAAGGUUAAAUGAUACAAAAAAUUUUGACUCGAGAAUUGGCAAAGAAGAGAAAAUUAUUUCCUCGCACAAAUUUAAAGGGGAACGUAUGCAGGUUCUCACGGAAGAUACCCCCAUCCAUUCCUUUAGCAAUCUCGUCAAAAUGAACGCCAACAAGAACGUGGUUAAUCAAGAAGAAUCCAUUCAAUCUACCGGAAGUUCACGCUACUUUGAAGCUCUUCGAAAAACGAAAUACAAAAACGACUUCGUAAAUAACUGUCCCGAUUCAUCUCAACCUGGCUUCAGGACUUCUACAGAUACGGAUGGGAAUCUCAGCUUAAUAAGCUUAAGCAAGUCCUUCGUCUAUUCCAAGAAUGAGGAUCAAAACGUAUUUUCCAACCCUAACGUCAGGAUAGGGUCCUACACUAGGAUACACUCACCUCUGUUCAACGAAAAUCAAUGUUCAAGUAUAAACAAUGAAAUGGAAAUAAUAACGAAUAAUGUUAACGCAAUUUGUAAUCCAUCGCCGGACAAUAAACGGUACCAGGCUCCAAAGGAAUCCCAAUGGAAGAUGUUCACACGUUUUAUGCCAACGUAUCACAAAGACAAUAACACUCAUAGUGAUAAUAAGCCGGGAAAGAGGGAUAAAGUUGAUAUGGUAGAUUAUACCAAAAUUGAUGGCGCGAAAAAAAUCAACCAUGACAUCGAUGAUCUCGAGGAAAAUAAGUUAAACAAAAAACUGGAAACCAAAUUCUCGUUUCAUCGUCUCAUAAACUCGGCCAAAUCGAAGGGCAAAGAUGACCAACAACAAGAUAACAAAGGAGGCGGAGAUGCUAUUAAUAUUAAACCCAAAAAAUGGCAACUAAGGGACAAAUCCAAAUGGAAUAAUAAGCUGAAAACCAAAUCUUUGUCCAGCCAAGAUGUCAACAAAAUAAUUGUUAACGAUGUGUCUCGUUACAAGUCCAGCAUAGAUAUCAAUAAGAUCGUUAGCCAUCAAGAUGAAGUCUCGCUUAUCGAUAAUAAUUUACUGUGUCAAGCUGAAGCAGGCGAAGUAUGUUCAGCCAUACAUUCUUCUUCGAACGAUAGUGGUCGGAGUUCGAAAUCUACCAAUGCUAAAGAUGAAUCCAAUUCCCAGAGUUCUUCAAUAGAACGCAAACCUCAUGGGGAUAAUAAAUCCGGCGUGCUAGCUAGCGACCAUAUUCCGAAACUGAAGGCCUCAGAAAUAUAUCCCAAUCGCAUUACUCAUUGUUACAAAUCCUCGAGUCAUUUGAACGAAAUACGUCACGAUGUGGAUUCGAUAUGCGUGGACAAAGGAAUCAUCGCUAAAAAAAAUCCUCCAAAAUUUGACCAUAGAUUUCGGCCCAAAAUACUGGAUUCUCAGCACACAAGGGAUUAUUACCGAGAAGAGCAUGACCAAAAUCGUCCCAACGAAGACACGGGUUAUAGCAGUCAUUCAGAAGACGCCAAUCAUAUGAGAACUCGGGCCCAGACAUUAUUCUCGGUGUAUCAAAGGUCUGUUUUUAACGACAGGAGAACGAUGAUAACGUCAUCUUCCAUCAACUCAAAGCAAUCUUCGGAUACUACCGCAUCCAAAAACAAACGCGAGACGAUGAUAGCCGUUCAAAGGAAUAAGAAGGAAAAUUUAUUUGAUUCCAUUGGUGAGGUUAGAUGCGGGGAACAUGAUAAAAGUUUUCAACAAUUUACCAUGGAACACAAGGUGCAGAAAGAUGUCCGCCGAAGUGUUGGUAAGAGUCAAGGAUGUCAGCCAUCAAAGUGCGAUAAAAAUUAUGAGUACGACGCGAAAAACAAAUACGUCAACGAUCGCGCUAUCAAUCCUUACCCCUUAAACAACCGUCACAAACUCACUGCUCACCAAUCAAAAUCUUGCGACAACAUAUAUUUUGUCAAAAGCGGCAAUUGGAUCUUGAAAAAAGAGGAGAACACCUACUCAAGUCCAGAUUACAAGCGGAAAAUGUUUAACACCACCAACUUAAAACCGGAAGAGAGAGCUAUCAAUUACUACGAUGAUAGGGAUACAGGCAGGAAAGAUUAUUCUAAAUUAUCUACCGAAAACCAAGGAGGUCAGGGCCAAAAAGGAAUGGGAGAGCACGGGGAUGAUGCGAAUUAUUUAUCUGGCCAAGGAUCCGACAGUGAUAUAAAGAGCACGGCCAGUUCUCUAACCUCCAAGUUUAUCAGCAACCAGUUCAGUUACCUCUACGACUCCGAUAUCUACGAGGACAUAGAGCGGAUGAAGAAGCUGGAGAUCGCGCUCCCUCACCACAAACGCGGACGAGUUAAUGGCGGUGCCAUAUUUCAUCAUCACAGGCAUCACACACGGGCUAAAAAACCCAUUCGUCAGCAUCACCACCAAAACCUUAAAAAGCAAGGGAUCAUUAACCAGGAAGGGGAGGAGAAAAAGCGACUAGAAAUGAUGACGGAUAACUUUGAAAGGUUAGACUCCGCCGACGCGAAUGACGUAUUGCGGAGAAAACCUAUCGUUUUUGAGGCCGAUUGCGUUAAUCGUUGGAACAACUGUGAAAAACCAAAAUCGGCGUCGAUUGAAAACAAAAUACGUAAAGGUUAUGGUAACUUCGCUAAAGCGGAUUCCGCCGUGAUAGAUGCUACUUCCAAAUCGUCCAUCGAGAAUAGUGUUCAACUAUGUAACGAUAUGGAAGCCGAUAUUCAAAAAUAUAGGCAAUUAGAUAAAGUUCUCAUUCAAGAAAAUUGGAGGUCCCAUUCUCACGAAUGCAGCGAGCCUAGGCAAAAAUAUAAACCCAACAAUCAAAACUUACCCUACCGGCUUCAAAAUUUACCGGAAGAACGAAAAGAUGACAAAUCUGAAAAAUCUAAAAUCAAUUAUCGUGAUAAAGAAGUUGCCAAAAAAGCCAGAGAUUUUAACAAGGAUAUCCUGAUCGCCUCUGGCCAAUCUCCAACUCAUCUCCAAGGUAACUUAGAAAAUUGUAGCUAUCUCGACAAGUAUCCGCCUACCCAUUUCGAUACCAUAGAAAUGUGUCAUCAAGAUAACAAUAUUUCUUGCGGUAAGAGACAAAUCGCCGGACCACGCCUCGGUAAAUCGGUGAACGAGGUUUCGAACAGAUCUGCACAGCAAGAGGUAUUUUUUUCACCCCCUUCCCAUAUUUCCUCACAGAACCUCCUACAGAAUAUUCCUAAAGAUCGCCAUUACACGAAAGAGCUCGUCAACAAAUUCGAAAUGGCGGUUACGAGUAAUAAUGAUUUUACUGGGAUCCCGAUUAUGAAUCGUGAAACCAAUGAGUUCUCUCCUUAUAGGCACAUGAUAAAUGGAGAACGGGCAGAUGGCACGCAUUUUCACAACAAACACAAUUCAAGAUACAGAGGUCCCUUUCAAGAAGAAUAUAUUCUAGAAGGCAAGCUGGGUAGUUAUGAGAGGGAGAACAAUGACCGAGGUUUCCAAAAUACUUUCAGAUAUCAAUACCCGGCUGGUGGCAUUUCUAUCAACUCUCAACCUGAAAGGGAAGACAUUGGACAUUACAUGUGUAGGAACGAAAAUCAAAUUCCCAGAUACCAAGAUAGGUAUUUUGUCAAUCAUGAAUACUCUGGGAGACCCCCACCAUCUAUCUUAAUACACCCCCAGUACAAUCAACCCCCCUACCUUCAUAAUUAUUACCCUUCCUACAAUCAAACGGGAGGCUGCUAUUCUGAUAGACACAACGUAGGAACAUCGAAUUUUCCUUACGUUCAACCACGACAUAAUGUGAGUGAUAGACACUCAUCCGAGCAACAAUCGGGGAAAGUCGGAUUAUCCCGCCCAUAUUAUCCCCAUUGUGGUUAUAAUAAUAACAUUAAUUACAACGUUAAUAGCGAUCGACAUUUCCCCCUUACUUCCCCUCUACAUCUAGAAUCAGCCCGAUUGCUAUCGCAAAAGCAUUCCGAUCUUUCGACGCAUAAUAACAAUUUUCGCCACCAACAUCAACAAAUAGUUCCCCAAGGAAACUCUUAUAUAGGAGAAGGAAACGAAGGAUACCACUCAUCCUAUCCGGAUAAAUAUGUCAAUCAAAUGGAUACGCCAUAUUCCCAACUUAGAUUGAACCAAGUUCCCAAUGAAAGGUAUAUCGAUGGAGGGGAAAGUGUAUUGGAGUAUGUUCCAUCAGCUUCCAAUCAAAUGUGCCACUCUCAAGCUAAUUUUCGUCCACCUUCUGCCGAUAAAUGGAAUCGGAAAUCUUCUCAGUCCAAUUGGAAUGUAGCUGAGAUUCGGAAUGCUAAUCGGGCACCAGUGAAUAGAGAUUUCAACAAUAAAAUCAAAAAAUUUCAAAGUCAGGAAAAUUUAAAACUCAUAGUUAAUCCGACCAAGACCAUCGAUCAUGGAUAUCAACAAGGCGGAAAUUUUUGGAAACGGAUGUCAUGGUUGGAAAAAUCAAUGCUACAUAAGCAAAUGAAUAUGAAAAACCGACCUUUGCCCAAAGAACCCCAAAUCAUUACCAGAGAUUACAGAAAAUGA